GUCUCUGGUUUACUCGACGGCGGACAUAACUUUGUUCUGACUGGUCGGUGUCUACGUGUUGCUUCAGGAUUAAUAGCUUCAGUCCUACGAAGUGACGACAUAUUUUGUUCUGAUCACAUUUUGAACAUUUCUUUGACUAAACCAGGUACCAUUCCUAGAUCUGUCUGACGUCAUCAUGGCGUCCAAGUUUCCAACAGAUAGCGGCGUUCAGCUGAAGAGUAGAAAAGGUCAUGACGUCACAUGGUCAUGUGACAAACAUGGAGAACCAAUCAAAUUCUUCUGUGCAGAACACGGGAUCCCAAUUUGCCAUCCAUGUGCGAUGAAAGAUCACCAGAAACCAUGUAAACUUGACGACAUCGAGGAUGUCAUCUUGGAGAUUGGGGAAAAGCUCGAUGAUAAACUCUUGAAAAUCGAGACUGCAAAGCCACAUUUGACGAAACUUGGCUCUAAAAUAAAGUCUUGUCUAGAUUGUCUUCAUGAUCAUUUCCAGUUAAUUAGUGAGAAAGCUCAGAAUGAGUGCGACAUCCAAAUGAAGAAUGUCGAACAGAUCAUAGAGCAGGAGGAGAUUCGCGCCCUCAACGACGAAGCGGACGAAGAAAUACGACUCAUCAAGGAGAGGAGGGACAGACGAAUCAAAGCAUGCCUCGAGAAAGCUGAACAGAAACAAGAAGCAAUCAGAGGAAUGCAUGCCAAGCUCAGUCUAGAGUGUAAAGAAAUGCAAGACACUAUAGGAACAAAGAUCCUAGAUCUGCAAAGAAAGAAUCAACAUCAAAUAGAUACCGUGACUAAUAUCAGUCAAAAGAUGAAACGCAUCAAACUGGAUGACAAAGCGUUAGUAUGCGAAGCUUCUCUAGUGAUUGCUGCCCUGGGUGAUACGUUGACUCCACAUGUCGAUGAUGAAGUUGACAUGGUGGAAUAUCUAGAUAAGAUAGAGCAGGAGGUUCAGGGGUUGAAGUUUAUCGGUGGUCGGGUAGGGGGCGAGUACAUCGCACAAAUCGAAGGUCAAGCACAGAGAUGGGAACUGGUCAGUUCGAUCAUAAUUCCACUGACCGUUAAUGGUCCAUUACUCCGUGGUUUCGUCAGUGAUGAUGAAAUGUGUGUGCUGGACUCUAAAACUAAUGACCUGUAUGUCACCAAUCUGAAGAAACAACACACGCAGAAGGUCAUCGAAGGAAGUGCUGACACCCACAUCACAUCGUGUGCACCUAUCAACAGCGACUUAAUAGUGUGUGGCAAGCGCAGGUUCGACUGUCCGGGUAAUGCCGUAGAGGGAUGCAUCACUCUCUUUGACAGAGAAUGGCAACGGGUUAGAGAUAUUGUGAUACCGGAAGAGAACGCUUUUCACAAUGAAUUGUGGGUUGAUGUUGACAAGGACGGGAUGAUACUUGCGGCCCAGGAGUAUCAUCACGAAGUCUACGUCAUCAACCCCGCUGAUGGUAAGUUAGUGGAUACUAUAGAGCUACCGGAUCUCAAUGUGCAUGAUGGGAUACAUGCCUUAUCCAGCGGAUGCUUCGGUACAUGUAUAGGUUAUAGAGAAUUCUGGGUAUUCGACAGAUCAGCAAAUAAGGUGACUGGUGCACAUGAUCGUGCGUACGGCGAGUCGUGGUUUGCCGUCGACAAGCUGACAGACGCCAUCUACGUUACAUACAAAAGUCCCCGUGAGACAUCCGCCAUUGAUCAGGGAUCACGUGACAUGUUCGUAGUUGAUCAUGUGUCAGGUGAUGGCACGUCUAAGAGAGUCGUGGAAUAUGGACAUCCCUACCGCUCUUUCCAGGUUGGACCGAGCUUCGUUAGCCCAUCUGGUAAACUAAUUAAUUGUGACGGAAACAGGCUUUUGGUGUAUAAGAAAUGCCUUCGUGUUUAGAGUGUUACCAAUGAACUACACAGUAAUCUCUUUAAAAGGAUUAUUGAGCUCUGUUGCAGAGGGCGCUAAACAAAAAAAAAUUUGUGAGACAAUGAAAAAAUGAGUGUCAAAUUUGG